CACCCGGCCCAGCGUGCGAACGGCGGCCGGGGGUGCCAUGGCUUUGCGGGGCUUGCGCCGCGCGGCCCUGGCCCAGGCGCGGCUGUCAUGUCCAGUGCAGGGCCGGCGCCCUUUUGCAGGGCUGAUGCUGGGCAGUGUCCGGAAGCAGUGCAGAGGAGAAGUGCGACCACGGCAAGCGCAGCACGCCCGACAGCUUCUUUGUCGAUACUAGCCUGGUGUAUAGAAAACCGAACAUUGGCGCAAAGGCAGGGCGGUUUGGCUCCUGUGUGUGUGGACGUGUGCUCCACCCGUCUUUUGGAUUGCAGCAUGAUGCACGACCAUGUUGCUGCGCCAACUGCAAAGAGGCUGGGAUGAUGGACAUCAAGAACCCUAAAUGCAGAUGUGGCAGAGCCAGACCAUACUUCGGGAAGCCAGGUGAUGCCCGGGCGACUUGCUGUGCCAAAUGCAAAGAGGAUGGAAUGGUGAACAUCAAGAGCGCCAGGUGCAGAUGUGGCAGGGCCAGACCAUCUUUCGGGAUGCCAGGUGAUGCUCGGGCAACUUGCUGUGCCAAGUGUAAAGAGGAUGGGUUGAUGGACAUCAAGAACCCCAAAUGCAGAUGUGGCAGGGCCAUACCAUCUUUCGGGAUGCCCGGUGAUGCUCGGGCAACUUGCUGUGCCAACUGCAAAGAGGAUGGGAUGGUGAACAUCAAGAGCCCCAAAUGCAGGUGCGGCAGAGCCAUACCAUACUUCGGGAUGCCAGGCGACGCUCGGGCGACUUGCUGUGCCAACUGCAAAGAGGAUGGGAUGAUGGACAUCAAGAACCCCAAAUGCAGAUGUGGCAGAGCCAGACCGCAUUUUGGGAUGCCAGGCGACGCUCGGGCAACUUGCUGUGCCACCUGCAAAGAGGAUGGGAUGGUGAACAUCAAGAGCCCCAAAUGCAGGUGCGGCAGAGCCAUACCAUACUUCGGGAUGCCAGGCGACGCUCGGGCGACUUGCUGUGCCAACUGCAAAGAGGAUGGGAUGAUGGACAUCAAGAACCCCAAAUGCAGGUGUGGCAGAGCCAGACCGCAUUUUGGGAUGCCAGGCGACGCUCGGGCAACUUGCUGUGCCAAGUGUAAAGAGGAUGGGAUGAUGGACAUCAAGAACCCCAAAUGCAGAUGUGGCAGGGCCAUACCAUCUUUCGGGAUGCCCGGUGAUGCUCGGGCAACUUGCUGUGCCAACUGCAAAGAGGAUGGGAUGGUGAACAUCAAGAACGCCAAAUGCAGGUGUGGCAGAGCCCAACCUGUUUUUGGGAUGCCAGGUGAUGCUCGGGCAACUUGUUGUACCAAGUGCAGAGAGGAUGGAAUGGUGGACAUUGUAAGUUUGAGGUGCCUUGUGUGCGGAAAGCGCGCGAGGUACCCAGAUGCUACUGGCAAGCGUCGGCAAUUCUGUGCAUUGCAUGCCGCACAGGUUGGCGCACAUGUAUUGUCUUCAUCGAACUUUUCGCGCGCAGCAAGUAAUUGUUUUGACAUGUUGGAGGAGGAGGUAGGCUACAGGUUCCCUUUUCGGCACAGAUUUGAUGCAGCUACCGGCACCUGGUCCGGUAAAGAGUUCGCAGGUCUGAUUCCAAAGCGUGCGUUGCUGCCCGAUGCAUACCACCCGGAGAGGCGUGAGGUGGUUGAAUUUCUCGGGAACUACUACCACGGCUUUCCUGUGGAGCAUCCACGGCAUAGCAGCUUCAUUUGCGUGGGCAGCAAACCGGCGCCGGACGCCUAUCGUGACACCAUGGAGCGCCUAGAUCUGUUCACUGGGGAGGGGCUCCGCGUCUUUUACAUUUGGGAGCACGAGUUCGUUGAGUGGCGGAAGCGAGCUGCCGCUGGGGAGGCUUUGCCUAUCACCAGCCUCCUGCGCCGCCAUGAGCCAAAACACACGAGCCG